AUGAAAGGUUUAUCCGUGCGAACUGGUUCUGAUCUUCCGUUGUAUCGCAACAUGGAGAGAGAGCGAUGUAGCGCACUUGUGCCGGACAUGCCAGUUCGUUUCUCCCCGGCUGCAUAUUCGCCACCACCGUCUGCUGGCGAGAGAGUCGAAACAUAUGGGCAUAAUUAUGUUGGUGAGCAUGGCGGUAGAUUGGAAAAUCAAGUGCGAACAAAAAGUCAUAUAGUAACAACAGAUCCGGUAGCCACUUCGACGCCCGUCGAUGGCUCUCCUGCAAUAGCUACACGUAUGCAGAACUCGGGAAGCUAUCUGCUGAAUCGAAGCGGCAUUUCCUCAAUAACGGCCUGUACUGCGCAGGAGUUAACGCAGAGCCAAAAUAUCGAAAUGAAACUACAGGUCGAAUUGCUUUGUCUUUUGCAUUUUUCAUGCCUAUUUUCAAUGAAAGAGGGGAUAAUGGUACAAGAAGAUCAGAUAUCGCAGGCGAUGUUGGCAUUGCUCCAUUGUAAGAAGAAUAACAACUUCAAUGGAAGCCUCGUAGAGCUGAGUGCGCAACGAAGUUUGCUACUUGCGCGAGAGCGACUUCUGGCUCUUCAGAAUGAAUCACAGCGUCUGCGAACUCUGCAGCUGGUCAAGAAACCGAUGCCCCCGUUGGCGAAACGUAUGCGAGGCGCCAUCGAUCUCACUUCUAUUAAUCUCUACCUCAAUCGCAACUUUUGUGUGCGCAACACAGACGAAAACGUUUCGUAUGCUUUUGUCAUACUUUUGAAAACUGAUGACCAAGUGGAGGCCACGCAGAUCGUCUCACUGAUGGAUACACGAGCACUACGUGUUAGCAAACUGAGUGCGCAACGAAGUUUGCUACUUGCGCGAGAGCGACUUCUGGCUCUUCAGAAUGAAUCACAGCGUCUGCGAACUCUGCAGCUGGUCAAGAAACCGAUGCCCCCGUUGGCGAAACGUAUGCGAGGCGCCAUCGAUCUCACUUCUAUUAAUCUCUACCUCAAUCGCAACUUUUGCGUGCGCAACACAGACGAAAAUGUUUCGUAUGCUUUUGUCAUACUUUUGAAAACUGAUGACCAAGUGGAGGCCACGCAGAUCGUCUCACUGAUGGAUACACGAGCACUACGUGUUAGCAAGGUUCAUUUCAACGAGCAUAUUCGCUUCACAAAUCUUCCGGUGGAUUUCACGGUGCUCAUGGAGAUCUAUGCUUUGACAAUGUAUCAAAUGGUAGCAGGUCUUGGAUCGUGGGCUAGAUACUGGGCAGUUUUGCGCCGCGGAGUCGUUCAAUUCUGGAAAUAUCCCGAUGAUGAGGCUUCCGAAAAGGUAAAUCAACAUUCGUGUUUAUUGAAAAAAAAAUUUAUAAGCAUUUAUUAUGAAAAAAAACAUAUGUUAAAUAGCAAUUAGAA